ACGAAGGCGGAAGUGUUUGCGGAAGAUGGCGAGCAUCGCGAAGUGAAGAUAAACCGGAUAAACCGAGUGAAAUGAGCGGUUUAUAGAGUUAUUAAAGGGUUUUAAUGAAAUGAGGAUCUGACACCUGGAACUAUUUGCUCGGUUCAGCGGCUUCGGACUGUUCGGUAAAAAUGGAAGGAGUGAGUUUCACUCAGACUGACCGAGACCGAGAAUCCUCCUACACUGAGAACCUCAUCGGCACGUUGCUGGCUAUCUUUGGAAACUUGCUCAUCAGCAUCUCAGUGAGCAUACAGAAACGUAGCCAUGUGGUGCUGGCGGGCACUAAAGAUCCCCGGCACUUUUACCGAACAAAGACGUGGUGGAGUGGAUUCCUGCUGAUGCUGGUCGGCGAGGGGAUGCUGUUUGUGUCAUAUGCCUUUGCCCCCCUCUCUCUCAUAGCCCCUCUCAGCGCAGUCUCCGUUAUAGCUAGCUGCAUUCUGGGAUUCCUGUUUCUGAGAGAGAAAUGGAAGCCAAAGGAGUUUUUGAAGCGCUACAUUUUAUCAUUCCUUGGUUGUGCCUUGACCAUUGGGGGCACGUACCUUUUCGUGACGUUUGGUCCGAACUCUCAUGAGAAACUGAACGCAGAAAACAUUGUGAAGCAUCUGAUUGGGUGGCCUUUCCUCCUGUACCUGCUGCUGGAGAUCAUCACCUUCUGCCUGGUUCUGUACUUCUAUAAACAGCGCAGUGCUAACUACCUGGUACUCAUUUUGCUGCUGGUGGCGCUGCUGGGUUCUGUGACGGUGAUCACAGUGAAGGCAGUGUCUGGUAUGGUGGUCCUCAGCAUUCAGGGGUCACUCCAGCUCAGCUACCCCAUCUUCUACGUCAUGUUUGUCUGCAUGGUGGCCACCAUCGUUUUUCAAGCGUCAUUUCUGGCACAAGCUUCCCAUUUGUAUGAUUCCUCCCUCAUCGCAUGCAUCAAUUACAUCUUCUCCACAGUGUUUGCUGUUGCUGCAGGAGCCAUAUUCUAUCUGGAGUUCAACCAUGAGGACGUCUUGCACAUCUGCAUGUUUUUGCUGGGAUGUGCUGUGUGCUUCCUCGGAGUAUUCUUAAUCACCAAAAGCAAGAAGAAAGCCAAAGCGUUUGAGCCUUACGUGACCAUGGACAUGGUGAAAGGUAUCCCUACCAUUCAUGAGAAAGGCUUGGCUGUUCAGCCGGACUACAAUGGCUCUUUCUCCUAUGGAGCUCUCGUAAACAACGACAGCGUGGCACCUGCAGCACUACCACCAGUGAACCACGAGAAUCUGGCUGUGACCCCCAGCCAUGGUCACCCGUACCAGACAACGGAGCUGAAGAAAGACUGACCACACUGCUGACUACAUAACCGGGAACUAAAGGAAUAACUUUAAUGCAGCUAGCAGUGAUUGGAAGCCAGUAGCCACCAAUUAGCAGAGUGUUGCUUGCAUGUUGCUAAUUGUUGGCUGUUCCUUUUCGUUUUGUUAACUUUUUUUUUGAGUGAACUUCUGCAUUCAGACAAUACAAGCAUCCACCUUUCUGGUCAUUUUAGUUAAGGACAAGACUCUAGAAUGUUCAAGCUAUUCUGGAACCUGUAGAGCAUUCCAAAAAAAGUUCUGGAAUUUCUGGAGCAUUAGAAUUAAGGCAAUUCUGGAACGAUAAAACUGUUCCAGGUUUGGAACUACUGUGGGUCGGAGCGCAAAAGCAACUCCAAAAAGCCUUUAUGAGGAUCAGCACUGUAAGCUUAAAGGAAUAGUUGAACCAAGCAUGCCAGUGUGGCUAAUGGAAGGUAGCAGAUGCUAGUUUUCGUUCAUUGUUAGCUCAACAUUAGCUUUUUUGACUAAGCUUUUCCUUUGAAUGUUUUCACUGCCAAAGAGAGUUUGAUUCAAAUGUAUGGUAACUGACUCCGACAAAGAUUGUAGUGAGAAAAUCGAGUGAAGGAUUAUGAAGUAAUUUAGCGCGAUUUUACUCACUUCUCAUUAAAGGCUUUUUAGCCUGAGUCAUACUACGCUGGAGAAAUCAUUCACGAUAUGUGAAGCUGGUAAACUUAUUAACUCUGAAAUAUAUUUAAGUAUAUAUUACGUUGAUUUAUUUCUGUUUUUGUUCCUUCGCUCUUUCUCCAAAGCUGAACUGUUUUGUAACUGCCAUUUUCUUAACAGUAAGCUGCACAUAUUUGGUUGAAAAGAGCAAUGUUUAAGUAACAUUACAAAUCGUGCACAGUCUAUGAGCUGUACAUCAGUUACAUUAAAAAUUUCCUCUGGAAAUUUGGAUGAUUUAAGAUCAGAAUAUUUGGACGGAUGUAAAUUAAAUCUUAGGUAAGGUUUUGUUUUUUUUUUUGUUUUUUUUGUUUUGUUUUUGUUUAAUGUUAUUUAGACACAGCGACUGCGGGAACAUUUCACGAUAAACAGACCAAUAGAAAUGCUUUAAAAUGACUUGGAAUAAAAUCUUUUUACAUGCACGUGCAUUAAAAGUUAAUAUUUUGCCUUCUCUUGUAAAGGUUACUAUUUUGGAGAUACUCUUUUUUUUUGUUGUUAUUUGUUUUAGGACAGUGAGGAUGAUAUGCGAUUGGACAUAUGCACAUAUUUUUUUCUUUUUCUAUCUGUCUUUUUUUUUUUUUUUUUUGCCUUCUUCGUGCCUUAUUUGUCUGUGGUGUCAGCUUUCACAGUGCCUGUGUUUACCGUCUGCUGUGGCUAAAAAUUUCAUGCCCAAAUAUACUGACAAGAAAUAUUAUAUUUUUAUGUCUUGAUGCUGUAGAACUGCACAUUUACUAUUUCCUUGUAACAAACCUUAUUUGCCUCGAGAAAUGCUUAAGGUUUGCCUUGUGAGUUGAGUCUGGCAAAGCUUAGCGAACUUUAAGCUUAGUUCAAACAAACACUGGAUGUUUUGUCUCACAACAGUGGGUCACUUUUUAGCAGGCUACAUCACCAUAGUGCAUGUCUAACCCGCUCCAGGGCCGGUUGAAUUUGGUAUCACAGAUUGUAAAGAGCUUAUGGACCUGACCAAUCAGGGACAGCCUUCUGAUGGAGAUCUCUCCUUUGUUUGUGGGGUUUCUGGCAUUAAUCUUGUGACAAAUACCACUUUCCAGUGGAAACAAACUACUGUACAGAUAUGAAGAAUAUAAAGCGGUUGUUACUCCUGUAAGCACUAAUACAGUGGGCGUUAUAAAUGCUUCACUUUUUACAAAUUUGCUUAUGAUUUUCUUUUCCUUCGUUGAGAAAUAAACCACUUGACAUCUC